UAAGUGACGCAUGCGUGGAGGAUAUGCGCUUUGCAGCAAAGUCCUCCUUUACUCCACACACGCUUCUAAGCCUCGCUACUAACUACACUUUAUUCAUCCUCCGUGUCAGGAUAAACUCCACUCGUCUCACUCAACUUUGGACAUUAUUAGGCCCGCUUAGCUUGCUACUUGUUUUAGCGCGCUAGUUAGCUUUGCAUACUAAUUGUUUUAGCGCGCUAGUUAGCUUAGUAUGCUAGUUAGCUUAGCUUGUUAGCUGCUAACAAAGAGACGAGGAUUUGAUCAACACAUCGCUUAGUUAAGAUCAAGUGUGAGUGUAAAGUGUUGUGAUUGUGUGAAAAUGUGUGAAAGAACGAUAGCAGAGUACAAAGAGGAACUUUCUCGGAUGAAAGAAGACAACAAAAGACUACGUCAACUACUGGACGCUGUUUUCAAGAAACCUCAAGUUGUGUUACACAGAACAGACGUCUGUGAAGAACAUCUUCACUCUGAUCAACAGCAGUGGAGCUUCAGGAUGGAAUACUCACUCAUCCCCCAUUUUAAAGAGGAAGAGGUGGAUCCACUGACCCCUCACGUUAAGGAAGAAGAGGAGGACCCACUGACCCCUCACAUUAAAGAGGAAGAGGAGGAACACAGCAUCAGUCAGCAUGUUGAAGGAGUGGAGGAGGUUGAUGUCACCAAGAUGCCAGUGACUGGUGUCCCUGUGAAGAGUGAAGGUGAUGAGGUCAAAGACAUCCAUCAGCUGAUUGCACACCAAGAAGAAUGUCUCCCUCAUCUGCAGGGGCACAGUUUCACUUCAGAGGAUCCACAGCCCUCACAUUUUAAAGGGGACAAGGAGGAUCCACAGCCCCCUUAUUUUAAAGAGGAAGAGGAGGGAGAGUGUGUUGUAGGGCAGGAGGAGGAUGAUGUCAGCAAGUUUCCACUGACUGUUGUCUCUGUGAAGACUGAAGAGCAUGAAGACAAAGCACCUGAGUCCUCACAGCUUCAUCACAGUCCAAACGUCCAGCAGCCCCUUCACAUUAAAGAGGAAGAGGAGGAUCCACAGCCCACCCACAUUAAAAAGGAAGAGGAGGAUCCACAGCCCACCCACAUUAAAGAUGAAGAGGAUGAUCCACAGCCCACCAACAUUAAAGAGGAAGACGAGGAUCCACAGCCCACCCACAUUAAAGAGGAGGAGGAGGAGGAUCCACAGCCCCCCCACAUGAAAGAGGAGGGAGAGUGUGUUGUAGGGCAGGAGGAGGAUGAUGUCAGCAAGUUUCCACUGACUGUUGUCUCUGUGAAGACUGAAGAGCAUGAAGACAAAGCACCUGAGUCCUCACAGCUUCAUCACAGUCCAAACAUCCAGCGGGUGUCAGCGGGGAGUCAUGAAGAGGAGUGGCACACCAGUGUGGGACAGAAGGAGCUACAGGCCCCCUCCCACAUUAAAGAGGAGCAGCUUCAUGAUGAAGAUGAAGCUCAGUCCUUACAGCUUCAUCACAGUCAAAGUGAGGAGAACAGAGGGGCGGAGCUUGUAAGUCAACACAUCACAGAAGCUGAUGGAGAGCAUUGUGAAGAUAUAAAGUCAGAACCAGACAGCAUCUUUGCUCCACUGUCAGACAUGGACCACAUGAUGUCACACUCUUCUGAUCACAGUGACCACAUCCAAAAACCUUUGGAGAGUCAAAAUGACUCUAAAGGUGAUACGAGACAUCACACUAACAACAAACACUUUGACUGCUCUCAAUGUGGGAAAUCAUUUAGACAGAAGAGUCGUUUUACAGUACACAUGAGAACACAUACUGGAGAGAAACCUGUUAAUUGCUCUGUUUGUAAGAAGAGUUUCUCCUCAAAACAUUACAUGACCACACACAUGAUAACACACACUGGCGAGAAACCUUUUACUUGCUCUGUUUGUAAGAAGAGUUUCUCCACAAAGCUUAGCAUGACCACACACACAAGAACACAUACUGGAGAGAACCCUUUUACUUGCUCUGUUUGUAAGAAGAGUUUCUCCGCAAAACAUGACAUGACGAAACACAUGAGAACACACACAGGUGAGAAACCUUUUACUUGCUCUGUUUGUAAGAAGAGUUUCUCCAGAAAGACUAACAUGACCAGACACAUAAGAAUACACACUGGAGAGAAACGUUUUGCUUGCUCAGCUUGUGCUAAAAGAUUCAACACUAAGCAGGAAAUGAUAGUGCACCUGAGAACACACACAGGUGAGAAACAUUUUUCUUGCUCUGUUUGUAAGAAGAGUUUCUCCAGAAAGGAACACAUGACCAAACACAUGAGAACACACACUGGAGAGAAACCUGUUAAUUGCUCUGUUUGUAAGAAGAGUUUCUCCUCAAAACAUUACAUGACCACACACAUGAUAACACACACUGGCGAGAAACCUUUUACUUGCUCUGUUUGUAAGAAGAGUUUCUCCACAAAGCUUAGCAUGACCACACACACGAGAACACAUACUGGAGAGAACCCUUUUACUUGCUCUGUUUGUAAGAAGAGUUUCUCCGCAAAACAUGACAUGACGAAACACAUGAGAACACACACAGGUGAGAAACCUUUUACUUGCUCUGUUUGUAAGAAGAGUUUCUCCAGAAAGACUAACAUGGACAGACACAUAAGAAUACACACUGGAGAGAAACGUUUUGCUUGCUCAGCUUGUGCUAAAAGAUUCAACACUAAGCAGGAAAUGAUAGUGCACCUGAGAACACACACAGGUGAGAAACAUUUUUCUUGCUCUGUUUGUAAGAAGAGUUUCUCCAGAAAGGAACACAUGACCAAACACAUGAGAACACACACUGGAGAGAAACCUUUUACUUGCUCAGCUUGUGCCAAAAGAUUCAACACUAAGAAGGAAAUUAUAUUGCACAUGAGAACACACACAGGUAUAAAACCGUUUAGUUGCACUGUGUGUGUUAAAAGGUUCAGGUUUAAGUUUCAGUUGAGUAAACACAAGUGUGUAACAGUCAUGGAAGCUGCAGGGAUUUAGUAACACUUAAACAGUGAUUGUGCUAAAUGUAGUUUUAAAACACAGCAUGUUUGAAGGCCUACUGAAAGCCACUACUAGCGACCACGCAGUCUGAUAGUUUAUAUAUCAAUGAUGAAAUCUUAACAUUGCAACACAUGCCAAUACGGCCGGGUUAACUUAUAAAGUGACAUUUUAAAUUUCCCGCCACACUUCCGGUUGAAAACAUCUAUGUAUGAUGACGUAUGCGCGUGACGUCAAUGGUUGAAACGGAAGUAUUGGGACACAUUGUAUCCAAUACAAACAGCUCUGUUUUCAUCUCAAAAUUCCACAGUAUUCUGGACAUCUGUGUUGGUGAAUCUUUUGCAAUUUGUUUAAUGAACAAUGACGACUGCAAAGAAGAAAGCUGUAGGUGGGAUCGGUGUAUUAGCGGCUGGCUGCAGCAACACAACCAGGAGGACUUUGAGGUGGAUAGCAGACGCGCUAGCCGAUGCUAGCCGCCAACCGCAUCGAUGAUCGGGUGAAGUCCUUCGUCGCUCCGUCGAUCGCUGGAACACAGGUGAGCACGGGUGUUGAUGAGCAGAUGAGGGCUGGCUGGUGUAGGUGGAGAGCUAAUGUUUUUAACAUAGCUCUGUGAGGUCAUGUAGCUAAGUUAGCUUCAAUGGCGUCGUUAGCAACAGCAUUGUUAAGCUUCGCCAGGCUGGAAAGCAUUAACCGUGUGGUUACAGGUCCAUGGUUUAAUAGUAUUGUUGAUUUUCUGUCUAUCCUUCCAGUCAGACAGAAAACAAGCACCUGAAUUCAGCAUGGACACUACUAUGUUCCAAGGGACGACUAAACAAGAGGACCUAGAUUCAGGAUUGCAUCCACCUACACUUAUAGAGAUUAUUGAAACAACAAUAAAGAUUGUUGAACAAGAAAAUAUGGAACUAAAAAAUUUCUGCGACAAAGAUCACAAAAUCUAGGAUUUGGAAAAUGAUAUAGAUCCAGAUACAAAUGUGUUCUCCCACAUAAGUAAUAAUUGUUUUUAUUAUACAGAUGAUCAAUAUAAUAGCAACAUUAAAUGUGAUAACAAAUUGUCAAUUAUUCAUUUUAAUAGCAGAAGCUUGUAUGCAAACUACAACAACAUUAAGAUCUUUUUGGAACACAUCAACGAACCAUUCAAAGUGAUUGCUGUCACAGAAACAUGGAUUGAUGAUAAAAAAAAGGAAUAGAUUUUGAUCUGGAGGGAUAUGAACUAAACUACAUCAACAGAACCAACAAAAAUGGAGGAGGAGUAGCUGUGUACGUGAUGAAGAACCUGAACUACAAAGUGGUAAAAAACAUGUCAUUUGCUAUAGAUAAUAUCUUAGAAUGUAUAACCAUUGAAAUAUGUCAGGAAAAAGCAAAAACAUAUUCAUCAGUUGUAUUGAUAGAUCACCUAAGUCAAGUAUAGAGACAUUAUUGUGAUUACUUAUGGAGUAUAUUGUGAAUAAAUUGAGAACAGGAAGUGAACAAAAGUUUUAGCAACUGUUAUGUAAAAAAAAAAAGGGGUAGGAUUAAAUAAGCUCUGCUUCUUCCUACUCCUUUUCCAACAUGUUGAAAGAGAAACUGGAAAUUGUGAUGUAUCAUGUUGUAUGUUUGCAUGUUCGAAAUAAAAUAAAUUCAAACUCAAAACUCAAACUCAAACUCAGGGGUUUAUUUAUUUUGUUUCUAUCUGCAUUUGAGCCUGAUGCUAUCACGUUAGCUCCGUAGCUAAAGAGCUUCGCCGAUGUAUUGUCGUGGAGAUAAAAGUCACUGUGAAUGUCCAUUUCGCGUUCUCGACUCUCAUUUUCAAGAGGAUAUAGUAUCCCAGGUGGUUUAAAAUACAAAUCCAUGAUCCACAAUAGAAAAAUGAGAAAGUGUGGAAUCCAAUGAGCCCUUGUACCUAAGUUACGGUCAGAGCGAAAAAAGAUAUGUCCUGCACUGCACUCUAGUCCUUCACUCUCACGUUCCUCAUCUACAAAUCUGUAAUCGUCGCUUUUUCGGUCCGAAUCGCUCUCGCUGCUGGUGUAAACAAUGAGGAAAUGUGAGUAGCCCUUCAGCCUGCGACGUCACGCUACUUCCGGUACAGGCAAGGCUUUUUUAUCAGCGACCAAAACUUUAUCGUCGAUGUUCUCUUCUAAAUCCUUUCAGCAAAAAUUUGGCAAUAUCGCGAAAUGAUCAAGUAUGACACAUAGAAUGGACCUGCUAUCCCUGUUUAAAUAAAAAAAAAUCAUUUCAGUGGGCCUUUAAUAAGAAUGUAUAUUUGAUGUUGUAUGUAGUGCUUCUUAUCCUCUAGUCUUAUAUGUUGUCCUGUAGUUACUUUUUAAGUUGUGUGCAUGUUUUGAAUAUUAUAUAUGUAGCUACUAUUUUAUUCUAUUUUCUCAUUGUUAAAUAGAGGACAUGUUAUUAUCAUUUGUAUUUUUUCUACACAUUUUGCAUUUUAUUGAUGUUAUUAUCCAAUUAAAAUUAUGAAUGAAUAAAAUGGUUAACAAAAUGUGGACUGUGGUAGAUUAGCAGCAUUGUUACAUCAUGGAUGUUAACUACUGCAAAACAUCAACAAAGAACAAAAAUGCUGAAGUUAGCAACACAUCACUGAACUUUAGAGCCAUCGUGAGUGGAGUUGCUUGUUUUUAUUGCUGCAUUUCUACUUAUUUCACCUCACAUCUUCACUUUUAAUCCUAAAGUUGUGUCCUUGGGCGGGACACUUCACCCUUGCCCCCGGUGCCACUCACACUGGUGAAUUGAAUGAUGAAUGAUAGGUGGUGGUCGGAGGGGCCGUAGGCGCAAAUUGCAGCCACGCUUCCGUCAGUCUACCCCAGGGCAGCCGUGGCUAUGAAAGUAGCUUACCACCACCAGGUGUGAAUGAAUGAUGGGUUCUACAUGUAAAGCGACUUUGGGUACUUAGAAAAGCGCUAUAUAAAUCCCAGGUAUUAUUAAAGUCUUCUUCAAAUAUAUUGUUGUAGGCUUCUAACAUUUAUGUUUCUGAUGUGUGUGUAGUCUGUGGAAAGGGUUGUUGUCCCUUGUGGAUCCAAUUGUUCACUUGCACAUGUACAUCUUCAUCAUCAUCAUCAUCAUCACCGGUCCAAUACUGGACGAAACCUUAGCAUUAAUGUUUUAAUAUAAGUGUGACCUCAUUAUUCCUUGAUAAUAAGACUAAAAAUACAGAUUUAAGCACUGUAUUAGUGCUUCUUGUAGUACUCCAACUCGCCACACUGAGAAGUGGGGGCGAUCAUGAGCUAGCAGAUGCAUGUUGCUAUCAUGUUUUAUCAGCGAGGAAGACAGCAUUUGUGUUUACUUUUUUGUCAGAUCCAAGUUUUAAUGCUCUGCUAAAUAAAUGAAUCACUAUGGCUGCCAAUAUGGAGGAUUAUAUAUAUAUGUAAGCAGGGGCGUCACUAGCUUUUAAGGACAGGAGGGGCUUAGCCCCCAGGAGAUGCACAGGAUGCGAGUGAACGUAGCGCACGAGUACAAAACUUCACAAACGGCUAACAAAGACUUAGAAAUUAAUCAUUGUUAUUAUUAUUUCAGUGGGUUUAUUUUUAAUGUGUGUUCAGUACAACAACAAACAUGGGUUUGCACAGUGACAUUUUGUUUACAGCAUCAACAAGAAACAAUGACUUGCAUGAUCCUUCAAGAUACACUGAAACACAAUGAAAGUCAUGGCAUUAGCCUCUAUGUUAUUCAUUCACAACAUAGAGGCUAAUGCCACCACUUUAGCUCACAAUACAAUAAUUGUUUGUUCCCAAAUAUUUUGAAGUUGCACAGAUUACAUUUUGGGCACAUAUGUGACUAAAAUGGUUGUAAAUUCAAGCCCUGGAAAUAUUACUUAAUUACUUGAAUUAAAGUAAUAUCUGGAU